AUGACAAAGAAGGACAUUUGGGAAAAGUUCUCCUACUUUAACAAGGAGGAUAAGGACAAAGAGAGAAAGAAGGAAAAAGGAAAACUUCAGACAACAGGCGAGUCUUCAUCAAAAGAAACGAAAGCUUCGGGAAGCUCCACAUCAAUGGAGGAAAAGAAUGCAGCAAACAGCAUAGCAAAUCAGCUCAAAAACUUGGAGAAGGCCUUGGCUUCCAGCCAGGAAGCAGCCGAAAAGUCUUCAGCCCGUGCUGACGCCGAACGGAAGGAGCUCGUCCAAAAACUCCAAUCAGUCGAGGACAAGUUGGCCAAAUGCCAGAGCGAGAACGAAUCGCUGAAGAGCGAACUCGCCCGGCAUCAAGCUGUCUCGUCGGUGAGCAAAGAUGCGAGCAAAUUUGACGCGGAGCUGAAGAGCAGGGAUGAUAAGAUUUUGGAUCUCUCGAGGCAGCUGCAGAAUCUUUCGAUGGAGAAAGAAACCGAGAUGGUUAGAAUUAACGAGAAGAUGGCCCUGGUCAUGGACGAGAAGGAUCAUCAGAUCAAGAGGCUGAACGCAUUAGGUCCUCCAGCCGACGUCCGUGAUGGAGGUCUCCGAACGGCCAUUUCAGCCGAAGCUAGUAAAAAAGUUGCAAGUCCGACAAAACUGCCGAAAAUUGCGAAAGCCGCCGAAGAGCGCGAAGCUAUUGAAGCGGCUUUGCUCAACAAUGCCUUUAUGCGUAAUUUGCAGCGCGACCAAGUAACCCAGAUCAUCGAUGCUAUGGAAAAGAAAACUUACAAAGAAAAUAUCGACAUUAUCCGCGAGGGUAUGGACGGGACCCACAUGUACAUUCUUCAGCAGGGUUCUGUCAAAGUCACUAAGGGAAGCGGACCCGAUAAAGUCGAUGUCUGUUCUCUCAGCCCAGGAAGUCUUUUUGGAGAAUUGGCGAUUUUGUAUAACUGCCGAAGAACUGCCACUAUUACCUCUACAGAAAAAGUUGUUUUAUGGUCGCUUGAGCGAACACUCUUCCAGACAGUUGUGAAAUCAGCUGGACGAAACAAAGAUCAAGAGCGAUUCGAGACCCUCUCUGCUGUCAAAGAUCUCAACGCGCUUUCCGAGGAAAAAUUGAGAAAAAUUGCCGACUGCUUGGAAGAAGAAACUUUUGACGCCAAUCAGUGCAUCAUCAAACAGGGAACCACUGGCGAUCUUUUCUACAUCAUCCGAAGCGGCGAAGUUCGAAUCACGAAAGACAAGCCGGCUGGUGGCGAAGAGGAAGUGGCAAGAUAUGGCAAGGGACGAUACUUUGGUGAAAUUGCCCUCAUCAAAGAAGAUGUCCGAAUGGCGAAUGUCUAUGCUGUUGGAGUCGUCAAGUGCUACACUUUGGAUCGAACUGCGUUUACGAACCUUGUCGGACAAAUCGCUGAGUCAUCCCUCACUUCUGGUGACAUUACGGACCCGGAUCAUGGCACCGUCGAAAAAGAGGAGGAUUUACGACCCACGAAAAUUAUCAACCAGCACAUUGCCAAAGUCUCCCUCGAUCAACUUCAAGUCAUCAAGCCUCUCGGAGCCGGUGGAUUCGGAAUGGUCAAGCUGGUCCAAGUCAAUGGCGUCCCGGAUAGAGCAUUCGCCCUCAAGUGCAUUCAAAAAGCGCGCGUUGUCCAGUACGGCCAGCAAAGACAUAUCAUGGACGAAAAGAACAUCCUCAUGCAAAUCGACUCUCCAUUUCUUCUCGGCCUCCACAAAACUUUCAAAGACAACAAGUUCGUCUACCUCCUUACUGAUGCCUACCUUGGCGGCGAUUUAUGGCGACUGUUGCAUACUAAAGGCCCAUUUAACGAUACAAAUGCUCGAUUCUAUGUUGGUUGCGUUGUUGAGGCCUUUGCUUAUCUUCAUAAACGACAAUAUGUGUACCGAGAUUUGAAGCCUGAAAACUUAAUGAUCGACAGUAAGGGUUACGUCAAAGUCGUCGAUCUUGGGUUCGCGAAAAAAGUCCUCCCUGGCCACAAGACAUGGACCUUCUGCGGUACUCCCGAGUACAUUCCACCAGAGAGGUAG